UAUUUCAAAGCUUUCAAAUACAAGACGCUAUUAACUCCAAUUACUGAAAAAAAGAAGGUCCUCAAGAAAAUUUUUUCCCCUAAGUUUUGGCCGAGAAGUGAGUCUUCCUCAUUCGCGUCGCAUUAGAUUAUGGAGGGGCUUAGUGAUGAGGUGUACAAACGCGCCAGCGUACGGAGAAGCCUUGCGUUCACGAGCAGAACCGUGAUGGCUUCCAAGCUUUACCCUAUAACCCCUCUAAAAUGGUGUGGAACGCCGACUGUAAAAGCGUCGAAAGGAUCUUCUUGCAUGCACAGGUCAAAAUUACCGAGACAGCGGCGUCCCACGGUGUAUAAUUUAUUCGUGAAGGAACAUUUCAAAGAUAUGGCACUUUCCCAUGAAUCUCCCCAAGAACGUUUUAAAUUGAUCGCGUUUAUGUGGAGACAAUUGGGGAGACGGAAGAAGUUCUUUCUGAGAGAGAAGGAGUACGCAACGUUUCAGUCGACUCGCCUUGAUAAACCGACGAAGUUUGGAAUAUUAAAGCUGAUUUGCCCUUGUUUCAGAUAAUGAGUGUCUUUGAGGGUGAGAUUUGAGAUUUUUAAGAUGCUUUUUUUUGUCCGUUAAUUGAAUUUCUUCUAAUCGUUAUGGAUUGUCCUUCGCUAUAAAAUUAUGUGUUUAAUAUGUAAAUAAGCAUUAGUAUACUUAUUAGUAUUAUUGUGAGCGAGGUAUGUUCCAUUUUCAUUUCCGACUUUCAGGCGGUAACAUAGUAUUUAUCUAAUUAUCAUUUCUUUUAAAAGAGGAAACAUUAAUUUAUUUCCAUUUGGCAUUCAUCGUUAUCUUCGUUGCAUAUUUUGUCUGUGUGUAUAUCUAUCCACUCACCAUAUCAUACGUGGAGGAGAGGGGGGGAGUGACCUUACGUGAAUCAAUACACCAGAUGGUCAUCUCUUUUUUAUAGUUUCCCCGUAGCGUUGUGCUGUAGUACAAAUAUUAAGGGAAAAA